AUGUCUACAUUCCAGAUCGACGAAAAUCAAUUGAAGGCGCUCAAGGGAAAAGUUGCCGUCUUGACAGGUUCUUCAUCCGGCAUUGGCCUGGAGACACUCAAGCUCUUUGUGGAGAAUGGUGCGACGGUGGUGAAUGCGGAUCUCAAGCCGCCGACCGGCGAAUACCCCAACACGACCUUCAUCAAGACUGAUGUCACCAAGUGGGAGGACCUCCGGAAUCUGUUCCAGGAGACUGUGAAGAGAUUUGGCCGUGUGGACGUCACGUUUGCGAAUGCUGGGGUCGCCACAAUCGCAGAUUACUUCGACCUUCAAGUGGAUGACCAGGGGCAACCGAAGGAGCCGUCUCGGCUGUGCUAUGAAAUCAAUGUUAUCGGGUUGAUCAACACCGUCACUCUAGCCAUAUGGCACAUGGCACGGCAAGAAACGGGCGGAAGCAUCAUCCUCACAGCCUCGGCGACAAGCAAUGAAUUGACAGGUUACAUGACCUUUGGAGCGACCGACUAUACAACGUCCAAACACAGCGUUCUGGGAUUCCAAAGAGGCGUCCUCCCUCAGCUCCGCGUGCGCAAGCUCGACAAGAUCCGCCUCAACAGCAUCGCCCCCAACUGGACGCGGACCAAUCUCCUCGACGCCCAGUGGCUGGAGAGCAUCGGGGUCAAAUUCCAGGACCCGAGCGCCGUGGCGCGGGCGGUGGGCUUGCUCGCCGCGGACGAAGCCCGCAACGGCCAGGUGAUAUACAUAGAGAACGGGGAUUAUCGGGAGAUCGAGAAGGAUGCGUUGGCGUGCAGCUUUCAGCUGUGCAAUACCCUGGCCGAGGGGAAUAGCCAUGCACAGGACGACGAGGUCUUUGAGGAGAUCUUCAAGAAUGGACAGGGGAGGAAGAUAUAA